AUGGCGUACGCCGACGACCGCGCGAGGCGGCCGGACGCCGAACACAGGACGCCGGCAGGAGACGCGGGCGGGCGGGACGUGGCGGACUUGAGGGACCUCAUGCGCCGCAUCGGCGCCGCCAUAGGCAGGAUGCACAAGAUCGGCGUCGUCCACGGCGACCUCACCACCUCCAACAUGAUGCUCCGGCCGCCAAAACCGGCCCCCGGCACCGCAGCCCCGAACCCGAACCCGAACCCAACCGCCUCCUCCUCCUCCUCCUCCUCUGUCGUCGACGGCGACGUCUUCAUCAUCGACUUCGGCCUCGCCAGCCAGAGCACCUCGGACGAGGACCGCGCCGUCGAUCUGUACGUCCUCGAGCGCGCCUUCGGCAGCACCCACCCCCGCGCCGAGGCCUACUUCCGCGACGUCCUCGACGCCUACCGCACGUCUUACAAGCAGGCGCCCGUCACGCUCAAGAAGCUCGAGGACGUCAGGAUGCGGGGUCGCAAGAGGAGCAUGAUUGGCUAG